AUGUCGGCCAAAAUGGACGCCAUAUCCGUAGUCGAGUCUCCUUCUUUGGUGAAACGAGUCGAGAUCCUUGCCAAAAUUGUCAGAUACUUUUGGCGAUUUACGAGCAGCGACGUUGUGACCUUUGUCGUUCCUAACACGGUAUUCGGGAUCUGUUGUGCGCUUGCUGGACCUCCUCUCGUCUCAGGAGACCACAUUUCGGUCCGGGAAGUGCUCUGGAGAAUUCCUGCUGUCGUGUUAUUCAACUGGUCGAACCUACUAAUCUUUGUCCUCGCCAACCAGCGAUUAUGGGAGUCCGUAACCGAGGAUCAGCUAAAUAAACCAUGGAGGCCUAUACCUCAAGGCCUGGUGACUCGUACGGAAGUGCGUCUAGCAUUGCAGUUGUUAAUUCCUGCUAUACUCGCUAUCAAUCACUGUUUUCUCUGUGUUGGAGCCGAAACGGCUUGUAUUUUGACGGGAACGUGGGUUUACAAUGAUCUCAAAGCGUCAGAUGAUGGUUGGAUCCAGCGUAACUUCAUCGCUGCUCUCGCUUUUUGGGUGUAUAACCGAAGUUCUCUGAAAGUCGCUAUCGGCGGAGGCGGUUCUUCUGAUGCAGUUAUCACACCUGUCGGACAGUUAUGGGUUCUAGUAAUUAGUGGUGUCAUUAUGACAACAAUGCAUGUCCAAGAUUUGAAAGAUAUACUUGGUGAUAAGUCGAGAGGGCGCGAAACUGCACCAAUUCUUUUGGGAGAGCGGAUUACUAGGUGGACACUUGCAAUUCCUAUUUUCCUUUGGAGUCCGAUUUGUGCGCUCUUCUGGGGUGAAUGGAUAGCGUCUAUUCCAGCAAUGCUCAUCGGCUUUUAUGUAUCAUACAGAUGUAUUUUGCGCAGCGGAAAAGAUGAGGAUAAAUGGACAUGGCAAGUGUGGUGUUGCUGGACAGCAUUGUUAUCACUCAUGCCUCUUGGACAUGAGCAAUGGCGGCAAUUUUAA